AUGAAGAUCGCGACCAGCGUCUUUGCGCUCAUCUUCCUCGCCUCGUGCGUGCACAGCGUGCUCCCAACGACGACAGAAGCUACCCACGCCGACGAUUUUAUUACCAGGGACAGUAUGCUCUUGGGGGACGUCGACAUCGAAAGCAGAUACAUUCCAAGUGACCGUAGCGGGUACGUGAGCUUGUCCAGCGGCCGUGUCUUGGCCGAUAGCCGUGGUUCCUCGGACGAGGACACUCUGCAUGUGGGCCAAAGCGCUUCGUCCGAGAUGCUAAUCUGGAACGCCGACAUCACGCUCCGCGCCAAGCACGGCAGUGGCGCGUGGGACGCGGCGCGCGCGCACAUCCAGUCGCAUUUGCUCAUCCACGGCUUUCUCGAGAGCGAGUCCGAGUCGGCGGAUCGCUACGCGUACUUGUCCGUGCGAUGCGUUUCGCGCACAACCAACGCGACCAUUUCAUGCCCGAAGGACGUCUACCUCGAGCACCGCGAGGACCAAGUGCCACUGCGGACGUGGCGCUUUACAUGGCGCGUCGAGGCCUUCCACGACAUGGUUCGCGCGCUCGAAGGCGUGCCAGACGUGGUUCCCAACACGACGGUCGCGUCCAAGCGCGUCGCGCGCACCGAUGCAAGCACCGAGUACCAGGAUGCGUCGGGGCGCAGCGCCACCAUGCGUCACACGCGUGCGGCGCUGGAGAAGCUCCUCGAGCAAGCGACGAACGUGCAAGAGAUUGCGGCCAUUCUCACGCAGGUCCAAGACGUCACCGCGAAGAUCGAAGCCGCCGAAAGCGAGCUCCUGCGUACGUCGGCAUCCGUGCGCCUCAGCACGAUCGACGUCGAGCUGAAAGAACAGAACGCCGAGGGGCGCGUCGUGGUCGUCGACGACCUUGCGCCAUCCAGCACGUCGCGUUGGGCGGUCGCCUAUGUGCGUGCGGUCGGCAUCCUCAAGCAAUGCGGCAACCUCGCCAUCGACGGCAGCAUGCUCGCGCUCGUCGUGGGAACGCCGAUGACGAUCGUGCUUUGGCUCGGCUGGAAGCUCUUCACGCGCCUGCGCCACUCCGACGACCGCUACAGUCACCUUGCAUAACUCACGAGCUGAUUAACGGACCAUCAAGGCAUAUACAACGAC